UUAUGGAAGAUGUGAAUGAUGAAUUGGAGGAGUCCUCCAAUGAUAAUGGUGCGGAUAAUAUGAACAAGGUUGAGGAUGAAAGGUUAGGAGAAAAUGGUCAGAUUGUACCCGAGGUAGGAAUGAUGUUCAACAACGAAACAGAAAUGUUUGAAAUGUACAAGAGAUAUGCUUAUGAUAUAGGUUUUCCUGUUAGGAGACGGAACUCAAAAAAAGGGAAUGAUGGCAUUCUGAGAUAUGUAACUUUCACAUGCAGUCGUGAAGGCAAAAGAAGUAGUAAUGCGAGUGGGUCUUUAAAGCCUAAACCGAUAUGCCAAACUGACUGUAAAGCAAGGAUCUGAGCCUUUUCAGAUUGUUGUGGAAGAUGGAGAAUUAAUACAGUCCACCUUGAUCACAACCAUGAGACUAGUCCUUCUAAAUCUAGGUUGUAUCGAUGCAAUAGGGAGUUGAGUGCAAAUGUGAAACGUAAACUUGAAGUGAAUGAUGUUGCAGGCAUUCCGUUACAUAAAAGUUACAACUCCGCAGUUGCGGAAGUAGGUGGAUAUGAGAACAUGACAUGUAUAGAGAAGAAUUGCAAAAACUAUAUCGAACAAGUUAGAUGUUUAAGACUUGGAGAGGGAGACGCAGCUGCAAUACAGUCCUACUUUUCGAAAAUGCAAGCAAAGUGCUCGGAAUUUUACUUCAGCAUUGAUCUAGACGACGAGUGUCGACUAAAGAAUGUCUUCUGGGCAGAUGAUAGGUGUAGGCAAGCGUACAAAGAGUUUGGCGAUGUUGUGACAUUCGAUACCACUUACCUAACGAACAAGUAUGACAUGCCGUUUGCCCCUUUUGUUGGAGUGAAUCAUCAUGGGCAGUCAAUAUUGUUUGCUUGUGGUUUGUUAGCUAAUGAGGACACGGAUACAUUUGUCUGGCUAUUCAGGACGUGGCUUGAGUGCAUGCAUGGACAAGCUCCGAAUGCAAUAAUUACUGAUCAAGAUCGGGCCAUGCAAAACGCAAUUGGGAUCGUUUUCCCAUGCACGAGACAUAGAUGGUGUCUAUGGCACAUUUUGAAGAAGUUGCUGGAAAAGUUUGGGUAUCAUGUUGAUAAGUGCGGGAUAUUUUCGACUUUGCAUAAUUUGGUUUACGAUUCACAAACUGCUGAAGAAUUCGAAGAGGGGUGGGAACAGAUGAUUGAUGCUUACGACUUACAUGAGAAUGAAUGGUUGUCAGGAUUGUAUGAUAAUAGAGGUCGGUGGGUUCCUUGCUUCUUAAGAACCACAUUCUGGGCUGGGAUGUCCACAACUCAACGAAGUGGGAGUAUGAAUGCAUUCUUCGAUGGGUAUGUGCAUUCGAAGACCUCGUUAAACAAUUUGUAGAGUAGUACGAAAGAGCCCUGAGGAGUAAGGCGGAGAAGGAGUUCUAGGCUGAUUUCAGGUCAUAUUCACAAAUGGUGCCUUGCGCAACUAAUUACGAAAUUGAGAAGCAUUUCCAGUCAGUUUAUACCAUUUCGAAAUUCAGAGAAGUACAAGAUAAGUUCAAGGAAAAUGUUCACUGUGACCUCAUUUCUACUUCUGAGGGGUGUUCGGGGACAGCAUAUGAGGUGCGUGAGGAUGUGAUGUAUCACGGGCAACGAAAGAAAAAACAUUUAUCGUCUUAUUUGAUAUGGAGCGUUGUGAGAUAAAUUGCAGUUGCCACUUAUUCGAGUUCAGGAGGAUUAUUUACAAACAUGCAAUUACAGUAUUGAUCCGAAACGACAUUACACGAUUGCCAGAUAAGUACACACUACGAAGGUGGAGAAGAGAUGUCCGUAGACCACAUACGAGGAUUGUAGUGAAUUACGAUGGUUUGGCCAGUACUCCGGGACAGUUGAGAUAUGACGAGAUGUCUAAAGCUUUUUCACAAGUAGCCGACCUCGCUGCAGAUGACGAAGUCCGGACACGUGCUGUAAUGGACUGGAUAAAAUUCGAAGUGAUAGAGCUCAGGCCAACGAAGAUGUGUACUGGAAAUAGUAUCAUUUCGCAGCAUACUCUUCAUUUAGCUGCGCAAUGUACUGAUUCACAAAGUACCGGUAGCCACAGCAUACGGGAUCCAAAUUUAACAAAGCGAAAGGGCGCUCCACGAAAACUUCGAAGAAAAAGUCCAUUGGAGUCCACAUCAAAGAAAGCAGGGGCAACUUCGAUGUCAUGCAAAGGAAGGAGAUCGAGAGCUAGACAAAGUAAUACACAACAGGCACUAUCGGAUGUCGUGGCAUCUGAAGAACAAUAUGCAGACACCUUUCUUAUAUUCAGAACUCUUAUUGGUCAGUGCUUUGGCGACGCCCAAAGUCAAGUAUUUGCACAAGACGUGUCGUCAUCGAAUUUGAUCCCGCCAUUGUCAAUGCAAGUUCAAUUCAAUGCUCAAGGUGCUGCAGUCAUUUUGUCUUCAUUUCUAUUUUUGACAUCAACCCUCGUUUUGAUACUGUAA